AAUAACAAAAUUUCUCAACGAAAUUCUUCAUUAAAUAUGUUGACAGUAUUUGUGUACACAAAGACAUAAAACACGUUCCACCGAGAACACCUUGUCAAUUUAGAAGAAUAUCAACUAUUGGAUAUAAUCAUACGAAUAAGCAACUUAACAGAGAUUAUCACAGUUGGAUCUGUUGAUUUAUCAGAGUUUCAUAUUACUUUUCUUCAGUGAAAGACAAAUAUAUGGCAACAUUUUACACUGAGAAGAAUUAAAACAAUGAGAAUAUACAAUUACAUGAUAAUACUAGUUAUAUCUAAUUUACUUUCGACAAAAUCGAAUAUGACACCGGCUGAUCCUGAACUUUUGGAACAGUUAUGGAUUCAGUUAUAUCGUUACUUGCCAGGACCUUCAAUGGGACCAAAAUUAUCUUCAGAGCAUUCAGCAAGUAUUUCACUUUCUGUCAGUGUUGACAGUUUGGAAUUGGUCUAUAAUAAAAAUCAACUUAUAUGCCGUGCAAGUCUUACAUUAUUUGCUGAAUGGCCGGUUACUGAUUCACGAGUAGCUGAAAGCAGUCUAAUCGAUAUGGUUGGCGGAGGGGUUCGACUUGAUGUUGAUAGAGUGUGGCAUCCACAACUUGUUAUCAAAGGUGCGUUCAAACAUGAUCGUUUUCAUCAACGUUUAGAGUUACGCAAUUCAUAUACUGGAAGUAAUGGACUCCCAAAGUCUACCAAUCCAACAAAUUCAUUGAAUCGACCACAACCUGGUUUUGCUUCUCGUGGACUACCUAAUGAAUCGACAGUGCAAUCAAUUCGUUCUCAUAAUCGUGGCAAAACCUUAAAAGUUGUUCCAGAAGGAGAUGUGCAAAAUUUUGCAUUUACUGAAAGUAUGGUUGUGGAAGUUGCUUGUCAAGAGCCAAAAAAAUUUCAUCACAUUGGUGCGAUCGUCUGUCCAAUAUGGAUAAAACAAGAGGGUUUUAUGAAAACUCAACCAGUUAUUAAGUGGACUGAACGAAAAUGUUGCCUCAUUUCAAGUGAUGUACAAAAGAAAUCGUCUUAUUUGAGCGUUACAAAGCGAUAUGAUGAGCAUAUUGAUAAAUCUGGCCCAGAUCAAAGUUUGGGAAUCAACAUUUGUUUUUCACAAAGUGGAAGAUUAUUUCAAGGCAGUUUACCUCCACUCCUUCUUGUACUCAUCUCAAUCACUUUACUGUGGACAAAUCAACUUGGUACACAAAAUCUUAGUUGUAUGCAAUUAAUUCUGUUCUUAUGUUCUGUUGCAUUUUGGGUAUGGAUGAAUGGACAAAAUUUAGAUAAUUCAAAAUCAGCUGGAUUCCUUAAUGUAUGGUGCUUGUUGUGUACAAGUUCAAUCGGUCUAAUCUACUUAUUUGUCUUGAUUCAUCAUUGUUUUGUAUGUCGAUUCCUUAGACGAAAAUAUCAGCAACUAGAUCGUUUAUCCUCCUUUGGUUUAAAUCAGAAUAAAUCAACUGCUAUUAAUGAACGAAUAAAUGGACCUGUAUCAGUUCAAGGUUAUGGAUGUUGUGGAAAUUGUACAACAUGUCCAGAUUCAUGUGCCAGUUGUAUAGCAGGGAGAACAAGUACAGGAUUUGUUUCAUCAAAUGGUACUGCUGUUUGCUGUAGUAACAGUAGCUGUGGUUUAUCUGGUGGUAGUGGUCAUGUUUGUCAAGGAUUGCCUAUAUUACAAACUAGUGCAACUGCAAACAACAGUCCAGGACCUAUGGGGUUUACUCAGACAGUGGGACUGUCAGGAAAUAAAAGAGAUAAUUUUGGCGAUAACUAUUUAUGCUCAGGAAGUUCUGAAUCAGGCAAUGGUGUUAACAAUGGUACAUUUCGUGGUUUACGAUGGCGUAAUUCAAGGCGAACAAAUAAUAACAAUCUUUUAGGUGUUGAUUUCAGCCAACCAGAAUGUCAUAUAUGUCGAUCACAUUUAAUUGACAAUUCAUUAUUACCGCCUACAGUUACACAAAAUCAUCAGUUACCUAACACAUUAUACAAAAAUGUAUAUAAUUUUAAUGUAAAUAAUUAUCCAUCCACUUUUGUUUAACUGGAUUAAAAACCUUACUAACUGUUUGUUUCUGUCUUAUAAGUAGUGUCUAUUGGAUUAGUGUAUUUGCUCAAGGUACACUGCCUGAAAUGUGUCUUGGUGUUUCAGUUUGUCAAAUGAUAGAAGUAAAUCAUUCAUGACUACAGUCAACACAUCAAUGAUCCAACUAAAUGAAGCCUAUUUUCUAACUGUAAACAUAAAUUGAAAUGAUCCAUAUUAACGUUAUGAUCUUCUAGUGGAGAUGUAAAUCUAUAUCCGAAACUAAAUAUAUUUGUAAACAAAAUAGGCUUUUCUUUGAAUUAUGUUUCUUGUUCAACCAAAAAAAUAAUUGAGACAUUUUACCUUGGUUACAUAAAAAACUGGUAAGUUUGUCAACUAAAGACCAACAUAUAUUCAACAAUUUUAACAAUGUAUAUUAUGGUGUGAAACAUGAAAACAUUUUUGAGAAUUUUCUCUCAUAAUUACUUGACUAAAUGUUAAUAUGCUUUUGUUGUGAUUGCCCUUGUAAAUAGAUAUAUGUGAAAAUAUGACUAUCUAUUGUUAAUAAUUGAGAAAAAAUAGUAAUAAUUUUGACAGU